UCAUUUUGCUGGCCAUUACUCUAUAAGAGAGAGAGAUCCUAUCUCCAUAAAAUCCCAUACCCUCAAACACACACACACUCACCAUCCCACUAACUCGAAUAGUUAACAUGCGCACACCGAUCCUUGGCCUUUCGUUGCUAAAAUGAGCAUGGUGCGUGAUUCACCCGCUUACUUGCUCGAUUUCUCCUUCACCCUUUUAAAAAGGAACGUCUUUUAGCUUACCUCUGCCUCCUUUACCCUCUCUCUCUCUCUAUCUCUAUCUCUGUUCUUUCCUUUUUCCGGCGAAUUUCUGGGCUGAGAUUGUUAGUGUCUCUGAGUGAUGCAGAGAUCAACUGUUGUAGUUAAUCAAUAUCUUCUGACAUAAGCUAAACUCGAUUCUUUCUUACAAUCUCUCUGUCUCUCUCUGCUUCCUUUUCUACUGUCUUCUUUCUUCUUCUCUAGCUUUUGAAUUUUCAAUAUUGAUUUCUCCCAUGGCGAGUAGCAGUUGCAGCAGAUCUAUCUCUGUUUCAAAUUCUGAUUCUCUCGGUGUUUUUUGUUUGAGCUAGGGCUAAAUUAGUUUCCUUCUUGGGUUUUUAUUCGUAAUCCGAUUCAAAGUUUGUAUCUUUGGGAGGGAUGGGUAAGAGGCAAAUAUCACAAGAUGAAGUAGGUCCGCCCAUAAAACCAAGAGCUGGUUUACGAAGGGAACAAGCUGGAAGAGGUUCUUACAGAGGUAGUUAGUUACUUUGUAUCUCAUCGAAAACGAAUCAAAAGAAGCUUCUUUUUUUUUUUAUUAGAGGUUGGGGAGGAGAUAGUAUAAAACAACUGUUUAGAGUUCUGAUUUGUGGUUUUUGAGUCCGGGGUUUUGAGGUUUACCCUUUAGAAUGGGUUCUACUUCUCAAGAGAUACUGAAGAGCUUUUGCUUUAACACGGACUGGGACUAUGCUGUGUUCUGGCAACUUAAUCAUCGAGGAUCUCGAAUGGUACUUACCUUGGAGGAUGCUUACUAUGACCAUCAUGGGACGAAUAUGCAUGGAGCACAUGACCCCCUUGGGUUAGCUGUGGCAAAGAUGUCUUAUCAUGUCUAUUCUCUAGGGGAAGGGAUUGUAGGACAAGUUGCAGUUUCUGGAGAACACCAAUGGGUAUUUCCCGAAAAUUAUAACAACUGUAACUCAGCAUUUGAGUUUCAUAACGUUUGGGAAAGUCAAAUUUCUGCUGGAAUUAAGACCAUUCUUGUAGUAGCUGUUGGUCCAUGUGGAGUUGUUCAGCUAGGCUCUUUGUGUAAAGUUAAUGAAGAUGUGAAUUUUGUGAAUCAUAUCCGACAUUUAUUUCUGGCACUUAGGGAUCCAUUGGCAGACCAUGCAGCAAAUUUAAGGCAAUGUAAUAUGAACAAUUCGUUAUGUCUGCCAAAAAUGCCUUCUGAAGGUUUACAUGCUGAGGCUUUCCCUGAUUGCUCUGGAGAAGUUGACAAAGCUAUGGACGUGGAAGAGUCCAAUAUUCUAACUCAAUACAAAACUAGAAGAAGUGAUAGCAUGCCUUACAAUACUCCUUCGUCAUGUCUUGUCAUGGAGAAGGCAGCCCAAGUUGUUGGUGGUCGUGAAGUUGUGCAAGGAUCUACUUGUGGGAGUUAUAGUGGUGUUACGUUUGGCUUUCCAGUUGACUUGGUUGGUGCCAAACAUGAGAAUCAAGUAGGUACUAAUAUAAUCAGGGAUGCACCUCAUGUGGGAAUGACUAGUGGCUGCAAAGAUUCAAGGGAUUUAGAUCCUAAUUUACAUCUGUAUAUGAAGAAUCAUGUGCUCAAUGAUACAAGCACAUCUGCUUUAGCAAUUGAGGCUGAAAGAUUGAUAACAAGCCAAUCAUAUCCACGCCUGGACUCAACUUUUCAGGCUACCUCGAGAACAGAUAAAGAAAGUUCUUACCAUAAUGAAGUGUUCCAACUAUCUGAGAACCAAGGAAAUAAAUACAUAAAAGAGACUGAGCGUAUGCUGGGGAGGAACUGCGAGUCUAGUCAAUUUGAUGCUUUGAUCUCAUCUGGGUAUACUUUUGCUGGCAGCGAGCUACUAGAAGCGUUAGGCUCUGCUUUCAAGCAAACGAACACUGGUCAGGAGGAGCUACUGAAGUCUGAACAUGGUUCAACAAUGAGACCAACAGACGAUAUGAGUCAUAGCCAGCUCACGUUUGACCCUGGCCCUGAGAAUCUUCUAGAUGCUGUGGUUGCUAAUGUGUGUCAAAGAGAUGGUAAUGCGAGGGAUGAUAUGAUGUCGAGCAGAUCGGUACAAUCAUUGCUUACUAACAUGGAACUGGCAGAACCCUCAGGUCAGAAGAAGCAUAAUAUUGUUAACCCAAUUAAUAGUGCUAUGAAUCAGCCACCAAUGGCAGAGGUGGAUACCCAACAAAAUUCAUCAGAUAUUUGUGGAGCGUUUUCUUCAAUUGGAUUCUCAUCUACGUACCCCAGCUCCUCUAGUGAUCAGUUUCAGACAUCCCUGGACAUACCCAAGAAGAACAAAAAGAGGGCCAAACCUGGUGAAAGUUCUCGACCUCGCCCAAGAGACAGGCAACUUAUUCAAGAUCGAAUCAAGGAACUUAGAGAACUUGUGCCUAAUGGAUCUAAGUGCAGUAUCGAUUCUUUGCUAGAACGAACGAUCAAACACAUGCUCUUUUUGCAGAAUGUUACUAAGCAUGCUGAAAAGCUCAGUAAAAGUGCUAAUGAAAAGAUGCAACAAAAGGAAACUGGUAUGCAAGGUUCAAGCUGCGCAGUGGAGGUUGGAGGUCAUCUUCAAGUAAGCUCGAUCAUCGUGGAGAAUCUGAACAAGCAGGGGAUGGUGCUUAUCGAGAUGUUAUGUGAAGAAUGUGGCCAUUUUCUUGAGAUAGCAAACGUCAUAAGGAGCUUAGACCUCGUCAUCCUAAGAGGUUUCACCGAGACUCAGGGCGAGAAAACAUGGAUAUGCUUUGUAACUGAGAGCCAAAACAGCAAAGUAAUGCAGAGGAUGGACAUUUUGUGGUCUCUGGUGCAAAUAUUUCAACCAAAGGCCAAUGAGAAGGGGUAACAGGCGUGGUUGCAGAGUUUGCGUUUACGUAAGAUAAAGAAUAGGCUUGUGUGGGCUUGUACAGUGUUGUUGUGACACUCACUGCAAUACUUUCAUUUGUUUGUUUUGAUUUUUUGUAUAAAAGAUAGGACUUCAAAGUUGAGUGUUUAGUGUGUUUAUGAUUUGCAUUUGUUUGCUUUUGAGUUUUUGGACCCUUUGAAGUUUGUAUAUAUACAUGACUUGAAACUUUGAUUUUCUUCAUACGUUUGAUUUGCAAGCUGUGGAAUUAUAAAUUAAUGGUUAGAAA